AUGUCAGUGAGAAUAGAUAUGCGCGAAGUAGAGCUGGUAUGCAAGUUGGAUAUUCAUCGAAUGAAUUGUUCUUUUUAUAGCAAAAGUCAUAGAAAGACAUUUGUUGUAGAUACCCUGGACGUGAUCAUCAAAAUUGAGUUUGUCAUCAAGCACAAGACCAAGAGUCUUCUUAAAAACUCGCAUCAACAACUUUUGACGGUGAUGGAGACUGUCACAGAAAGAGAUGUGAAAAUGUUGAUAAAAGAAUUUCACAGAAAAGGUUCAGAACAAACAAUUGACUAA